GCAGACAUCUGAUUUCACUCUUAGUUCAGUUCAAAAUUCGGUAUGAAGCGACUAACAAGUCAGCUUCCUGGAACGGUUAACAAAUUCAUAGAAAAUUCAUAAGAACAUCAUUUGAUUGAAUAUUUGAAACGAUAUAGCAGAGGCAGCAGAAAAAAAUUGCUAAAAAAAUAAAAAAUAAAUUUUUUUAAAUGAAAUCCAACCAAUAUUUUAAAUUCAGUUUUAAAAAUUAAUUUUAAAUUCUCAGUAAACUAACGCAUACUUUUAACGGUCAUUUGAUACAAUUUUAAAAUUAAAAAAUAAUUAAAAUCAAAACAUUCAGAAUUAUAUUUUGUAAAAAUAAAUAAAAAAAGUAAUAAAAACAAAACAGAGAGAGAGAAACAAUGGAUAUUGGUAGCGAACUAUUUUCGAUGGCAUUCGCACUAAAACUGCAACGAGUCGCACAUCCAACGGCUGAAGCAUCCUCAUUAAGACUAUCGGAUGCUUCAACUGCAGAUAAUAACUUUUUCUUGGGAUCAGACAAUAUAAAAACAUCAGACGUUUUGUUGAAUGAUUCAUUACUACCUGAGACACCAUCUGAUUUUGAAUUUUUUUAUCGUCAUACCGUUACAUUAACUGCAGUGUAUUGCGUUGCGUAUGUGAUUGUUUUCCUUGUUGGACUAAUUGGAAAUAGUUUCGUUAUAGCGGUGGUGUUAAGAUCGCCCAAAAUGAGAACAACAACAAAUUUCUUUAUAGUGAAUUUAGCAAUGGCUGAUAUAUUAGUCAUAGUGUUUUGUUUACCAGCUACAUUGAUGAGCAACAUAUUUGUUCCUUGGAUGCUAGGCUGGCUUAUGUGUAAAAUUGUUCCAUACAUUCAAGGUGUUUCAGUGGCUGCAUCCGUUUAUAGUUUAUGUGCGGUGUCAGUUGAUAGGUUCCUAGCUAUUUGGUGGCCUCUAAAGCUACAAAUUUCAAAGAAACGAGCUCGUGUUAUGAUUCUGGGCAUCUGGGUCAUCGCACUGUUGUCGACAAUUCCAUGGGCUCUGUUCUUUGAAUUGGUACCCAUUUUUCCAGAAGCUCCAGAUGUUAUGCUCUGCUUAGAAAUCUGGCCACCAGGUCUCGACGGAGCACUGUAUUUUUUGCUGGCCAAUUUAAUUGCAUGUUAUCUGUUGCCAAUGGUUUUGAUAACAUUAUGCUAUGUCCUAAUUUGGAUAAAAGUGUGGAAACGGUCAAUACCGGGCGACUCGAAAGACGCUCAAAUGGAUCGAAUGCAGCAGAAAUCGAAAAUAAAAGUGGUGAAAAUGCUGAUUGCUGUCGUCAUAUUAUUUGUUCUCUCUUGGCUGCCGCUGUACAUCAUCUUUGCUAGGAUUAAGUUUGGCAAAGUAAUUGAACCGAAAGAAGAAGAAUUCCUGCAGAUAGCAACUCCAAUAGCACAAUGGCUAGGCUCGUCAAACUCUUGCAUCAAUCCCAUUCUCUAUGCAUUUUUCAACAAAAAAUAUCGACGAGGAUUUGUAGCAAUUAUCAAGUCUCGCAGUUGUUGUGGCCGAUUGAGAUACUACGAGAAUGUAGCCAUUGCUUCAUCAUCGACAAGCACUCGUAAAUCGUCGCAUUAUCACAACAAAAAGGCCCCAUACAGUCCAUCUAUCAAGUCAGAUGCAGUUUCGUUCAUCUAUGAUCAAAAUUCCAACAAAAAGCAUAACAUCAUUGCAAAACAGGAUAGCAAUCUCUCUAGACAGAUGCUAUUAAAACAAGACAGCAACAUAUCCCGACAAUCCUUACUCAAACAGGACAGUAGCGGCUCCCGUCAAAUGCUCAUCAAGCAAGGAAGUUGUGACAGUGUUCAGCGACAAGACAGUAAUGUGUCUCGACAAUUGCUGUUGAAACAAGACAGCAAUGGUUCGAAAUAUGUUUUAUCCAAACAAGAUUCUCAAAUAUCGUACAUUGAAAGCAAAAAGGGACAACUGAUCAGACAGGAUUCCGAUUUGUCGAAACGGGAAAUGUUAAUGAAGCAGGACAGUACCAUAUCGUACAUCGAGCCAAGGAAAGGAACGUUGUGCAAACAGGACACGCAAAUUUCCUAUAUUGAAAGCAAAAAGAAUUCGUUAUGCAGCCAGGACAGUGUUGUUUCGUUCAUUGAACAUAAGCGACAUCAGCUGGUUAAACAGGAUUCCAUUGUGUCGUUCGCAGAGCAAAGGCCAGAAUAUCGUCGACACCAACUAGUCAAACAAGAUUCCGUCAUAUCAUUUGCCGAUCAACGACGGGGCUACCUAACCAAACAAGAGUCUGUGAUACAUCCAUCCUCAAACCGUAGUGGUGAUGGCCAUCACGUGUCCAUAUUGAAGAAAACCGAUUCACAAGGAAGCUCUCCCCGACGUAACAUAGAAUUUGUGGAAUAGAUUUAAAGAAAAAAAAUUAAAAAUAAAAACUAAAUAAAUUUUUAAAAGCAAACCAAUUAUUGUGUUCAAAAUCAUCUGUUUUCUCUUUGUUUUUCGUUUUUCUUUUUAUAAAGUGAAAGUGGAUGUGUUUCCAAUUUCGUUUGUAUAUUUUUUGAUUUCGGUAGAGAAAAAAAAAUUAAUCGAGGAAAAUGAGAAUAUUUUUUAACGAAACAUUUCAACAAUUAAAAUAAAACAAAGAAAACUAAAAAUUAUUUCUUGAUAGGAAUAAAACUUGAAUUCAAUAAUAAUUUUAUGUGGCGCCUUACAAAAAUCUCCCAGAAAAAG